GUCCCGUGAAACGUCAAGAGCUGCUGCUUUUCGGAAAUAAUUUAUCCGUUCUGCCGCUGCCUAUGAGUGUGUGUCGCUGUUGUCUCGUACCCGUCGGCAAAUCUAGUGUUUCUCGCUUUUGGCAACAGAUCGCGGAAAAAUAUAUCAAAUUGCUGUUGGAUUCUGGUCAGACUGCAUUCGUCAACAUACGCAACUGCGGCAUUGCUGUGCUCGAUUAAAAUCAGACAUUUGCACCCGAUUCUUCGCUGGGGCCCGGGGUGGCAUUCACCACGCUAGUUAAUAAUUUGUUCAGCUUUCGCGAAACAGUUGACUGACACCAACAAAAAAAAAAGAUGAGCCUGCUGAGUAGUGGAAAAAUAACGAUAUUCAGCUUUUUAAUGAUCGCCUAUCUGUUCUACAAUCCCACCGACAGUGGAGCGGUACAACUCAACAAUGAUAAUUUUGCUAUGACGAUAGCCUCAAAUGAACUAGUAUUUAUUAACUUCUAUGCAGAAUGGUGUAGGUUCAGCAACAUCCUGCAGCCUAUAUUCGAUGAAGCGGCGGAUAAGGUCCGCGAAGCGUUCCCCGAGGCGGGCCGAGUCGUGAUGGGCAAGGUCGACUGCGACAAGGAAUCUGCGGUCGCAACGCGUUUCCACAUCUCCAAGUAUCCCACGCUGAAGAUCAUCCGGAACGGACAGCCUACGAAGCGGGAGUAUCGUGGAGCGCGGACGGUCGAAGCCUUCACCGAGUUCGUUAAGAAACAGCUAGAGGAUCCGAUCAAGGAGUUCCACAACCUGAAGGAUCUCGAGAUUCUGGACACCAAAAAGCGGAUAGUGAUCGGUUACUUCGACCGGAGGGACAUGCCCGAGUACAACAUGUUCCGACGGGUGGCAACAAAUCUGAAGGAAGACUGCGUGUUCAACGCCGGAUUCGGAGAUACGGUAGCGGCGAUGCAUCCACCAGGCCAACCCAUCAUCGUCUUCCGACCCGACGUCGCCGUUACGGAUGCCAACGAUGAAACCUUUAAGGGAGAUAUGAAAAACUUUGACGAUCUUCACGUCUGGAUCCAGCAGAAGUGCGUUCCGCUGGUGCGUGAGAUUACCUUCGAAAACGCGGAAGAACUCACCGAGGAGGGUCUGCCGUUCCUGAUUCUGUUCCAUGCACCCGAUGAUCUACAAUCGAUCAAGGACUACAAGACUAUUGUCGAAACGCAGCUGAUAUCGGAGAAACAGAACAUUAACUUCCUGACGGCCGACGGGAAACGUUUCGCCCAUCCGCUGCAUCACCUCGGAAAGGGCCCAUCCGAUUUGCCUUUGAUUGCGAUCGAUUCAUUCCGGCAUAUGUACCUGUUCCCAGAGUACAAGGAUAUAUUUGUGCCGGGCAAACUCAAACAGUUCUUGAGUGAUCUGUACAGCGGCAAGCUGCAUCGGGAGUUCCACUACGGACCGGAGAGAAACGAUGACAACACCAUCGAAGUGGUGGGGAUCGAAAUCCAUCAGGAUGUGAAGAAACCUACGACCCCACCAGAGUCCACGUUCAAGAAUCUGGGUCCCUCGAACAAACGGUACACACUGCUGAAGGACGAGCUUUAAACAGAGGAAUGGAUGCUCCGCGCGUACUUCCCCUCGUUACUAUUCCCAGUUUGGAUUUAAAGUGUCAAAAAAAAUGUUCGUUUUUUAUGUUCGUUCUUUGAUAUAAUCAGAAAAACGUUCGCUGUUGUUUUUCUCUCCUCGAAUGUUUCGUCCAGUUGUGUUAAGAUGAUUUCCAACCCAAUUGUGCUAGUGAUAAAAAAUAGAUCCAGUUGUUUUUUUUUAAUGUUUUGAUCGGUAUUUUUCUAUCUUCCCAUUUGAUUGUUUGCCGGGCAACUACAAAAAAAGGCUCUUUGUUUUAAAUUGUGAAAACAAAGCGAGAAUGACUGUGGACGAAUGAUAGCGAGUUAUGAAUGCCGUGCUAAGUUUUAUUAUUUUGUGCUAUCGAACAGUGAUUCAAUCUAGGAAAAUUAUUCUUGUGUACAACAUCAAAGUAAAAUAAAAUAAUAUUAGUUUAUCAGCAAACAAAAAUCCAGCGAUGGAUCAUAGACAGAGAAGUUGGGGAAAAAAUUACAAGUGAUACUUAGUUACAGCAUUACAGUAGAACGGAGAGGAAAGAGGCGCAUUCCGAUGACGACGACGACGACGACGACGACGACUAGUGAGAGGAGUUCUAGAUGAGUUUAAUUGAACGCAUCUGCGAUUACACAUUACGAGCCCGUAUCGUGCUUUAUAACGCGUCAGGUUGCUUCCGGUGCGAUAAAAUCGCGGUAAUUUCUCGGUAUGUAUAGGCGUAGCAUGGUAACUGUGUAAAUCCUUUUUGUUAAUGCGUACUACAUGAAAUAUGUAUAAAUAUAGAGGUAACUAAACAAA